ACAUCUCCCACUAUAUAAAAUCCGUCAGAGCACCGCCAGAAGCAUAACAACAAUGGCGGAUGAAACCAAGUGGGUCACCUUCGACUCCGACUCCGACUCCGACUCCGACGAGGCCCUCUCCCUCUCCGACCUCCCAGUCUCCAAACCCGACAACAACAAUCCCAAAGAGGAGAGCGCCAGCGCCGCCUCGCCUCCAAAGGAUGAACAGUUCGAGUUCAGAAUCCUAGCUGGCGGCGGCAACCACUCAUCCACUGAGCUCGUCAGCAUGUGCGCCGCCGAGGACGUCUUCUUCCACGGCCAGCUCCUCCCUCUUGGCCCGACUCGGUCCGUGUCUCGCUCCGACUCUACCGCAAGCGUCAGCGUCGACAGUAGCACUAGCGUCAGCCGAAGCCAUUCGUCGAACAGCUGCGCGAGCAGCUCUGACGCCCCGCAGUCUCUGGCACGCAUAAGAUCGAACACCUUGUACGCAUACCCCAGCCCGAAACCUCGGGUCAGGCCUGCCGGCAGAAAUAGUAGUGGGAGGAGGAGCACAGGCUCGGCGCCGCCGGUGGGGUGGGGAUUGUUGAGGUUAGGCGUCGCGAUGGCGCCGGAGAUGGAGCUGAGUGACAUAAGAGUGAGACUGGCGAGAGGCGGCAGCGUGAAGACCGUAGAGAAGAGAGGGAAUGCGGUGAGGAGAUUACUGGGCGGCGGGUUGAUGGGGUGCACGUGUUCGCCGGAGGACGUAGUUUCUGCAAAGGUUUUGAAUGCGAAGAAGAAAGGAGAAGGAAGGAGACGAGUUGCAGGAUUCAUGGAGAGAAGGGAGAGGAUGUUUGAGUGGUUGGAGGAGCUUUCGCUUGGAAAAGAACCGUUAAUGAAAUUUGGUCUGUAACUAGUUUGAUGACUGAUCCUCUGUGUUCUUCUUCUAAAUGUUUGGUUCUAAGAUCUCUGAGCUAUCAAAUUUCUUUCUUUUUUU